AUGAAAUUCAGCAAAACCUUCGAAGAUAGUCUGGAAAGAAUUCCUUCCGACUGGAAACCAUUCCUUAUUAAAUACAAAACCCUUAAAAGAUGCAUCAAAAAGAUUGUCCAAGAACUAAAUGUUAAAGGUGUACAGCAAAUUAUGGCUGACAAAAAUAACAUAAUUGAGUAUAGUCUUGAAUGUUACAAGCCUGAAUGUACCUUCGAAGACGGCCCUGUUCAAGUCCGUCCAUGUGUUAAGGUCUGUCCAAACUGUUCUGGAAACACUUCGAAAGAAUGCUUGUAUGCCAAGAAAUCUGAUUCAAAUUCUUCUUCGCCGUUGGACCUUCCGAAAGAUGACAAUAUAAUGCUCACGCCUUUAGCAGAAUAUGAAACAACUAACAUGGAAGAAAGUUUAACCCAAUUCUCUAGGAUUUCACGCAUUGAGCUUGAAGCUGAUGGUGAAUUUUUUGUCAUGCUUUUGAAAGAACUUUAUCAACUAAAUUCCCUCCAAAAGCAAAAUCAAGACAAGUUUAACACUAACCUAAAAAAUUUACGAGAAAUGUUGAUUGAAGUAACGUCGCCCUUUAAGAAAGAUAUUUAUACUUGGCGUCAAAUAUUUCAAAUUUAUAUGGAAUAUAAGAUUUUCGUUGGUAAUACAGAGUCUGACAGAAAAGAAAGAAAUUGGGAACUCGCUCAAAAACAAUUAACUUGCUUCAUUGAUAGAAUAGACAAAUCCCAUUUGGUUAAAAAGCUGAAACAUCCGUUAUCCAAAACUGCUUUUGAUAAAUUCGUGUCGCUUAACGUUACCCUUGUCUUGAUGAAACAAUUUCAGUACUUUAAUCUAAUGGCAACGACAAAGCUUAUUAAAAAGCAUGACAAGAAAACACAUCUAGUCACAAUGUUCCGAGAUUUAUUGGAGAAGUAUUUUCUUACCGAGAAUACUUUCAGAUCCCUAUGCUAUGAUAUGGAGCAAUUAACAUCCAUUAUUCCUCAAAUCGACGAUUACCAAUGCCCCAUCUGCUUAAAUCUCGCCUGGAAACCUAUUCGUCUUUGUUGUAUGCACGUAUUUUGUGUUCGAUGCCUGGUCAAAUCCGUACGUAAAGGCAUGCGUAAUUGCCCAAUUUGUCGGGCAAAGAAUGCUGUAUAUAACGCGGAUCAAAGCAACUUAGACGUGUGUCUGAUGAAUUUCAUGGACCUCUACUUCCCACUAGAAGUUUACAAAAAACAAAAAGACGACGAUCGAGAACGAGUUGCCGAAGAAAUGGAAGCUUUAACAGGCCUAAGAAUCGAUGAAAGACAAACAUGUGUAUUAUUAUAA